ACAAUCAACAAGGGCUUCAACUAAAGUGUUUAGAGUAUGAAAUUCAAUUUAAAUGCUGUGGAUGUCCAACGCCAUCAACUCCUUCCACAACUACGCCAACCACCACAACUCCUACCACAACUAAAACGACAACCACAACUACGCCUCCCACAACUACGCCAACCACCACAACUCCUACCACAACUAAAACAACAACCCCAACUCCGCCUCAAACAACUACGACCCAGGCGCCGAGAACUACACCUUGCCCUGGGGGACAUGAUAUGACAUGUGGUUGGUCACAAUGGAUUGAGGUUGGCAAGUCUACACAGGGCCCUACUGGCGGGUAUCAUAUAUCCAUCCAGGACAUAGUCUUUUCUGGAUUUUCUGUAUGCUCCGAUCCCAAAGAAGUCCAGUGUAGAGCUGUUACUUUUCCACUAGUGCCCAUGGCGCAGCUGGGUCAAAAUGUGACCUGCAAUAAAGAAGAUGGUCUCAUAUGCAUCAACAAUCAACAAGGGCCUGAUCAAAGAUGUUUUGAUUAUGAAAUUCAAUUUAAUUGCUGUGGAUGUCCAACUCCAUCAACUCCUUCCACAACUACGCCAACCACCACAACUCCUACCACAACUAAAACGACAACCACAACUACGCCUCCCACAACUACGCCAACCACCACAACUCCUACCACAACUAAAACAACAACCCCAACUCCGCCUCAAACAACUACGACCCAGGCGCCGAGAACUACACCUUGCCCUGGGGGACAUGAUAUGACAUGUGGUUGGUCACAAUGGAUUGAGGUUGGCAAGUCUACACAGGGCCCUACUGGCGGGUAUCAUAUAUCCAUCCAGGACAUAGUCUUUUCUGGGUUUUCUGUAUGCUCCGAUCCCAAAGAAGUCCAGUGUAGAGCUGUUACUUUUCCACUAGUGCCCAUGGCGCAGCUGGGUCAAAAUGUGACCUGCAAUAAAGAAGAUGGUCUCAUAUGCAUCAACAAUCAACAAGGGCCUGAUCAAAGAUGUUUUGAUUAUGAAAUUCAAUUUAAUUGCUGUGGAUGUCCAACUCCAUCACCUCCUUCCACUACUACGCCAUCCACCACAACUCCUACCACAACUAAAACAACAACCACAACUCCGCCUCCCACAACUACGCCAACCACCACAACUACAACCCAGGCGCCGAGAACUACACCUUGCCAGGAAGAAUUAUGCACUUGGACACCAUGGAUA